AUGUCAGCUGUCAAUUACACCAAAUCCAACUCUGCAGUGUUCCUUCUUACUGGGAUACCUGGGCAGGAAGACGUCCAUCUCUGGAUCUCUGUCCCCUUCUGCUUAAUAUAUGUUAUUUCAAUAGUAGGAAAUUCAAUCAUUCUGUUCAUUAUAAAAACAGAUCCAAGCCUCCAUGAGCCCAUGUACAUUUUUCUUUCCAUGUUGGCCGUCACAGACCUUGGCUUAUCGGUAACCACCAUGCCAACAAUACUUGGUAUAUUCUUGUUUAAAUCUAGGGAGAUCAGCCUCGAUGCCUGUUUUGCUCAGUUGUUUUUCAUCCACUCGCUUUCAUACAUUGAAUCGUCCGUGCUCUUGUUGAUGGCCUUUGACCGCUUUGUCGCAAUCUGCAACCCCCUAAGAUAUACGUCCAUCUUAACCCUCCCCAGAAUAGCCAGGAUGGGACAGCUGUUUGUGCUAAGGGCAGUGGCCCUAAUAUUCCCACUCCCCUUUCUCCUGAAACGGUUCCCAUACUGUCGAGGUAAUGUCCUCUCCCAUUCCUUCUGUGUGCACCAAGAGGUCAUGAAGUUAGCUUGUUCAGAUAUCACAGUCAACAGCAUCUAUGGCUUGUUUAUUGCACUCUUAACAGUGGGGUUAGACUCGCUGCUCAUCUGCCUCUCUUAUGUGAUGAUCCUUAGAACAGUGCUGAGCAUCACAUCCCACAUGGAGUCCCUCAGGGCCCUGAACACCUGUGUUGCCCACCUCUGUGCUGUCCUGCUUUUCUACACACCAAUGCUUGGCUUGCCUGUGAUACACAGAUUUGGGAAUAGCUCUUCUCACUCUCUUCAGAUUGUCCUGGGAUAUGUCUACCUGCUGGUCCCACCCCUGAUGAAUCCAAUCGUGUACAGCGUGAAAAGCAAACACCUUCGUGUGAGGAUAAUCAGGGUGUUCUUCAAGUGACAGAGAGGUUCAGAUGAGGUCUAAGCCCUGGCAGAAUGGGAGAUGGAUGUCCCCACCCGCUGGUGAGGGAGGACAGUGCAAUUGAGGA